CGGAGACAGCAAUUAGCCAGCCUAGCCCUGUACGGUGACAAGGGUCUGGUUGGCCUCAGGCAGGUCGGGCGUCGGAGUUUUGGUUGGUUGCUGGGGCGGCAGGUCGUCCCAGCGCUUCACCAAACAACAAAGACGGCCUAUUUCAUGGCCACAGCUGCAUAUCUCUAUCGACAGCUCGCCGCUUUGGGCUGGUCGGACCUUUUCUGUUCUCCGAAAUAACUCUGCAUGACCUUCUUCUGCAACUCUCUUUGCCGCCACAAUCUCGCACUGAAAUAACCAGCACUUCGCAGUAUCAGACUGUUGUUUACUUGCUCCCACCUUUCCCCGCAUUGAAGUCUGGUUCUUGCUUCCACCUUUUCACGUUUCUCGAUUGCAAGGACGACCAAAGAUGAUCAGAUCUAGGAGCAAAGAUGGCUUCAGUGCACAGCCCGGUCCCGUGUACAUGUCCUCCGAGCAAAAGGCCAAAUACUUGCUCGAGUUGAGAACCAAUCGACCUCAAAGACCAACGGGCGCGCGCCCUGCUCCAACAUCUUACUUCUCCACGCGGGAUACAACCAACAGAAUAAUACCAACGGAAGACAGCAGCUCGAGCUCGGUUUCAAGCCCCACGGGAUCAGAUAGCAGUCCGACUGAAUCCCAAGAACCGUUUCCCAGAUCUUCAAGCGCCUUAUCAAAACGGAUGUCCCGCUCAGAGACUCCAACGUCAGUAUCCAGCGAUCGUGGGCGGCCAGUUGCACAACCACUACGUCGUAAUGCGUCAGGUGGAACUAUGAAAAGUGUAAAUUCCAUUACUAGCUGUACAGGCACGUACAAAGAGAGCGGAAAGAGGUCGAUGGAGAAGAUGGAGGUAAACACCUUGCGGAAAGCAAUGGAAGACUUGGAUAUGGACGAGGAGCAGAAACUAUUCAAAGAUGCCCAAGAUGAAGCAGCCGAUCUCGUCUGGCGACAUCGGAAUCCAAAUGCUCCAUAUCCGAAUCCGGAUGCGCCAUACAAGUACCCAGGGCUGUCAAGAAAAGACCACGGACGAAGCCAAAGCUUUGGGGGAGCGGAGGGCAUGCAACGGACAGGUUCAAAAGCAAAGCACAGAUACUCUUACGCUGCUGGUAUCAGCGUGCAAGUCAAUGCAGAUUCAGUUGCAUCACAGAAGAUUGAUAAAAGCUCGCCUCUUAAGGACGCGCUCAACCAGGAAGGUCAGCUGAAUUCGGAGAAAGAAAAGGAGACGCAGGAGGCCAAUCGAGAGAAGCCGCACGCACGGAAUGACUCUGGGCACGACAUCAUUCAAGACUUCAAAAGCCGGAGGCGAACUAGCGGUAAUAAACGGACUCCAAGUGGUAGCCUGUUCCGUAAUCCGGAGGACAAAAUAUAUGAAGAACCUGAAGAGCUCUCAUCCCCUAAUCGCAAGUCUGAGGAGACUCCAAAGCCAGCACCAAUGCCCCUUCAGGUACGACGGAAUCCUUUUGCAAGAGUGAAAUUUGCUGUUGACCAGCUUCCACGCUCACACACCGAUCCGACCAGCAACGGAAAGCUGGACAAGUUCGAGAUUCACAAGAAUCCACCAAGCCAAUCGCGAAACGCCGGAUACACUUCGAAUAAUUCCGCUGCAACACCAUUAAAACCGAAAUCAUCGGACAGUGACGAAGUAAAACUCAAAGACGGUAAAGAAGUCCGUGGUGAUGACAUUCGAGCGGCGACAAGUCUGAGGUUGAGAGAUAGGAGUCCGAGACUUCCCACGCCAACAGUCGUCAGCGAUAGACCGGGUAGGCCGAUCGUUAGCUUCAAGGACGACUGGAAGCCCAAAGAGGUUGAGUUGAAGGAAGAGAAGUCCAACGCUUCUGCGAAAGCCGACACCAUUCGAUCGUCUACAUCGAAGAUGUCGGCUUCACCCCUGAAGGCAAUAUCUGCGCCCGCUGUUCCCACUCUCCAUUCAGAUAACAGCAAACCUGUGAAGUCCAAGGAGCCAGCACUACCCCCAAUAAAAACUUUUCCUAAGUACGACCAUACAAAGUCACACUCCUCUUCAGUACCCACUAUUGGUGAGAUGCCACCGAUUCCCGUCAUUUGUGCGCCUGACGACAUGCCAACUCGAACAAUUUCGACGCCAGAAGACAAACUUCCGCCAUCUUUAACAAUUGGUAUUGACAGCAGUGGUCCAUCGCCUGCAUCCAGUACAGUCAACUCCGUUCCAACCUUCUCCUUCGAUCAAUCACCUUCCAAGCCGUCUACGAAAACUAGUGGUCCAGGAUCCGUCAAGUCACCCGUACGGCCACUACCAGUACCAUCCCAGGCUACUAAGGCUUCCUCGUGGGGUCCCAAUAAUACAUCGCGCUCACACUGGACGCCUACAACAGUGCGAACAGGCGUUCUCUGCAACUCCUGUGCCCUUCCCAUCUCCGGUCGUAUCGUCUCUGCCGCCGGCCAACGCUUCCACCCCGAAUGCUUCAGCUGUCACCACUGCGCUGAAAAACUUGAGUGCGUGGCAUUCUACCCGGAACCCACCGCAGCCCGUGACGAACGUCUCGCACGCAUCCACGCCCGCCAGCAGGGCUACGACACCCCAACCUCCUGGCCAAGCCCAUCUCAGGACGGUGACGAGAGCAUGCGUUUCUACUGCCACCUUGACUUCCACGAAUUCUUCAGCCCGCGCUGUAAGAGCUGCAAGACUCCUAUUGAGGGCGAGGUCGUGGUCGCAUGUGGUGCGGAGUGGCAUGUCGGUCACUUCUUCUGCGCGCAGUGUGGCGAUCCGUUUGAUGCGAGUACGCCAUUUGUCGAAAAGGAGGGCUAUGCAUGGUGUGUCGGAUGCCACACGAAUCGAUAUAGUGCGAAGUGUCGGGGAUGUCGGAAACCGAUUACGGAGGUUGUUGUUAAAGCCUUGGGGAGUGAGUGGCAUGAUACGUGCUUCGUUUGUGUGGAAUGUAAAGGUCCGUUCGACGAUGGCCGGUAUUUCCUACGUGGUGAGGAGCAGGACCCAGUUUGUGUGCGCUGCGAGGAGCGAAGGCUCAAAGCGUAACCGUGUCCCUUGUUAAUCUGCUUUAUAUGGUGCGUGUAUUUGACUCUACUAUCCGGUCUCUGGAUAUUUCCUUUGUGUACAUCAUUUCUAGGCGCAUCACGACUCGGUUGAGUCGACAUACGAGAGUGACACGAACAGCGUCAAUGAUCUUCUUUUGUCUCAUUGGGCAUUGAGCUGGCGCUGGUGGUGUUUCUAUGUUGUACGUAUAGUUGGUCUAGAUAAUACAGCUUGUGUAACUUAUUCAGUGUUUCCUAUGACGGCGAUCUGCGUGGUUUUGCUCUGAUAUAAGUUCUCAUGGUGCAAAUCAAUAUAUCACUCUGCUGAAUGCUUCUUUCGUCUCUGUGUUCUCUGUCUCUUUCGACACUGUUUCUCGUUCGCUUCGCACAUCUGACAACAACACUUACGGGUGUCGUUUUUGGCCCCCUGCGCUAGCCUAUGGUAUUGAUUCGUGAAC